CCUUUCCAACCUGCUCCCGUACUAACGGGCUGAAGCCACAUCAGCUUUCAUUCCUCUAUCCACCAGCCAUCAUGUCCUGCCGAUCUUAUCAUGUUAGUUCUAGGGGCGGUGGUGCGGUCAGGAAUUACAGUUCAUCCUCAGCUGUCUUCCCAAGGAAUGUAAAACGCUACAGUGCCGUCAGCACCAUCUCAUACAAAGGGGGCAGUGGCAUUGGUGCUAAAGGGUUAGGCUUUGGGAGCAAGAGUCUUUGUGGCGUUGCAUCUUGUCGGCCCAGAAUUGCACUUGGUACCUACCAGCCUGUGAAAUACGGAUACAAUUUGGGGGGCCCCGGUCUUGGAUAUGGCUAUGGUAUGUCCAGCUUUGGCUAUCGGGUUGGUGGAGUAAGUGGACCUUGUCCAGCUGGUAUUGCACCGGUCACAGUCAACCCACACCUUCUCCAGCCUCUGCACUUAGACAUCGACCCCAGUGUCCAAAUGGUGAAGCAACAAGAGAAAGAGCAGCUGAAGACCCUCAACAAUAAAUUUGCAUCAUUCAUCGACAAGGUUCGGUUCUUGGAACAGCAAAACAAGGUUCUAGAGACAAAAUGGAGUUUACUGCAAGAGCAGAAGCGAGUCAAGAGCAACAUAGAACCCCUGUUUGAUGGUUUGAUCCAUAAGCUAAAGAAACAGCUUGAAGCUCUGGGAUGUGAUCGAAAUAAGCUUGAGUCAGACCUGACUAGUUCAAGGGACAUAUUGGAAGAUUACAGGAAAAAGUAUGAAGACGAAUGUAAUCGGCGGACAAGUGCUGAGAAUGAAUUUGUAACUCUUAAAAAGGAUGUUGACUGUGUAUAUAUGCAUAAGGCGGAUCUGGAAGGCAAGGUGGAAAGCUUAGUGGAAGAGGUCAACUUUCUGAGGUGUUUGCAUGACAUGGAACUACAGGAGUUGCACUCCUGCAUCUCAGAUACUUCAGUUAUUGUGCAGAUGGAUAACAGUCGAGAACUGGAUUUGGAUGGCAUCAUUGCUGAGGUCAAAGCCCAAUAUGAGGACAUUGCGAACAAGAGCCGCUAUGAGGCAGAGUCAUGGUAUCAAUGCAAGUACGAAGAGAUGAGGGCAACAGCUGGCAAACAUAAUGACCACCUACGUGACACCAAGAAUGAGAUCAUGGAGUUGAACCGUGUGAUUCAAAGACUGAAGGCCGAAAUUGACACUGCCAAAGGCCAGCGUAGCAAGCUGGAGGCUGCCAUUGCAGAAGCUGAGGAGCGAGGAGAGAUGGCUCUCAAAGAUGCCAAGUGCAAGCUGACUGAGCUGGAAGAUGCCCUCAUAAAAGCCAAGGCAGACAUGGCCCGCCAGCUGAGGGAGUACCAGGAACUGAUGAAUGUCAAGCUGGCCUUGGACAUUGAGAUUGCCACUUAUAGGAAGAUGCUGGAAGGAGAGGAAAACAGAUUGUAUGCGGAUUCCUGUCCAGUGAAUAUAUCUGUCUGUCGAACCCAGGGUGGAUUGGUGUGUGAUCCUGAUCCUAGCAUUGGAGGAGGAUAUGCUUCAAGCAGCAGAAACUUUGUCAGAAGUGGAGGCAUUGUGAGCAGUGGAGGAGGGGGAAUGUGCAGCCCUGGCCUUGGGCGAAACCUCUCAGCAGCCAGUUGCAUUGAUCUGGGGGGCCCUGGGCUGCCCACCGGUGGAUACAGCACUGGGAGUGCUAAAAGCUCUAACGUCAAGUUUGUGUCGACUUCCACAUCCUUUAGAACAAAAUAUUAAAAAUGAAAUACCGUAAAGGCAGCUCAUUCUGAAAGAGAAACUUUGUGCUUCAGUGGGGAUAGCUGCAGCCUUCCAAAAAGUGCAGGGGGGAGGGCUAUUUGCCUAUUUCUUUCUGUUGCCAGUCAUAAACAGCUGGCUACAAAAAUGAGUAGACUUUGUCCAAUUACUGUAGUGCACAUGUAUUUGUUUGCCAAUGCUUUUUGCCAGGGCUUCUCUUUCUGCUAAACCCAAUGGAGACUGGAAGCCUGAACCCUGGCAAGGGAAUAUAAGGAGUGGGGCAUCAGAGAAUUAUUUUGGUUUCUCCUGAGCUGUUCGCAAAGAAGCAUUCUUUCAAGUCCCUAGGUUUCCCCCAAAAUAAGGAACCCUGCUGCUGUUUGUUAUAAGGCAGGCUGUGGCUCAAUGUGGACUGCUUGGCCCAUUGAGUCUCAAAUUGCAAGUAAUAUCCUGAAAUCAUUGUGCAUAUAUUAUGGAGUGAAUAUACAUGUGGAAAUCUAUCUUUCCCCCAGUAUAUGCACUAUUUAGUCAGUUAGCACCACUGCUUAGCAAUUGCACUUCUUCCUCACUUUUUGAGUAGAAAUGGGGCUCUCUCAUGGAUGAAGUCCUACCGCUAUCUCUGUGGUUUGUAUUUCUCUUUGGUUUAAGUUCUAUAUU